AUGGUGGCCGCAAAGAAGAUGAAAAAAUCAAUGGAGUCAAUCAACUCUAGGCUUCAACUCAUUAUGAAAAGUGGAAAGUACGUGCUGGGGUACCAGCAGAGCCUGAAAAUGACCAGACAAGGCAAAGCGAAACUGGUCAUCCUUGCAAACAACUGCCCAGCCUUGAGGAAAUCUGAGAUAGAGUACUAUACCAUGUUGGCCAAAACUGAUGUCCAUCACUACAGUGGCAAUAAUAUUGAAUUGAGCACAGCAUGUGGAAAAUACUACAGAGUAUGCACACUGGCUAUUAUUGAUCCAGGUGAUUCUGAUAUCAUUAGAAGCAUGCCAGAACAGACUGGUGAAAAGUAAAUCAUGCAUAAUUUUUCUUUAAUAAAACUGGCCAGGG